AUGGAAUUUGAAAUUUUUGCCUUAAGAGAGAAACUCACAAAAAUUAGACCCAAUGAUCCUGCAGCAGCAGUACGAUGGAAACAACAAGAUCAAACAAUAUUAGUUUUACAGUCUUUAGAGUACAAUGAAGAAUAUCUUAAAACAUCAAUGCAUCAAGCAUUAAUGAUUUAA